UCUCUCUCUCUCUCUGCAUUUGCAGACUUUCUUCAAAUGGGUAACAUGGAGUAUGAAUGCCCGCACCGCGUAGCCAUUCCUCCAUCAAAACCGCUGGCAAAGUCCUUAGAGACGUCUCUGAAAGAGACUUUCUUUCCCGACGACCCUUUCCGGCAGUUCAAGAACCAGCCUCUGUCGAGGAAGUUUGUGCUAGCCCUGCAAUACUUCGUGCCAAUCCUCGAAUGGGCGCCUCGCUACACUUUUGACUUCUUCAAAUCCGACGUUAUUGCCGGAAUCACUAUUGCCAGUCUCGCAGUCCCUCAAGGGAUCAGUUACGCAAAUCUCGCCAACUUGCCCCCCAUUAUCGGAUUAUAUUCCAGCUUUGUGCCACCGUUGGUGUAUGCCAUGCUGGGGAGCUCAAAAGAUUUGGCAGUGGGCACUGUGGCUGUUGCGUCGCUUCUCAUAUCUUCUAUGCUUGGGAAGGAAGUUAACCCUAAUCAGAACCCUACACUUUAUCUUCAGUUGGCUCUCACGUCCACCUUCUUCGCCGGAGUCUUUCAAGCUUCUCUCGGUUUGUUAAGACUUGGAUUUGUCGUGGACUUUCUUUCACAUGCGACGAUAGUGGGUUUCAUGGGUGGAGCAGCCACCGUUGUCUGUCUUCAGCAGCUUAAGGGGAUCCUUGGGCUUGUUCAUUUCACUCACGAGACUGAUCUUGUGUCGGUCAUGCGCUCUAUAUUUACCCAAAUGCACCAGUGGAGAUGGGAAAGUGGAGUAUUAGGGUGUUGUUUCCUUUUCUUCCUCCUCAUCACAAGAUACUUUAGCAAGAAAAAGACGGCCUUCUUUUGGAUAAAUGCGAUGGCGCCACUGACUUCUGUUAUUUUGGGAAGCCUCCUCGUUUUUCUGACCCACGCUGAAAAACAUGGCGUUCAAGUGAUUGGGCACCUGAAGAAAGGCUUAAAUCCACUUUCCGUAUCUGAGUUGGCUUUUGGGUCACCGUUUCUGAUGGCAGCCAUUAAAACGGGGAUCAUAACUGGUGUCAUAGGCCUCGCUGAAGGAGUAGCAGUGGGGAGAAGUUUCGCCAUUUUUAAAAACUAUCACAUUGAUGGCAACAAAGAGAUGAUCGCUUUUGGGAUGAUGAAUAUUGCUGGCUCUUGCACUUCAUGCUACUUGACAGCAGGACCAUUUUCGCGAACUGCGGUGAAUUUCAAUGCGGGGUGCAAGUCAGCAGUGUCGAACAUAGUGAUGGCAACGGCGGUGAUGAUCACAUUGUUAUUCCUCACACCGUUGUUCCACUACACACCCCUUGUGGUGCUCUCCGCCAUAAUCAUCGCUGCCAUGCUCGGCCUUAUUGACUAUGAAGCUGCCAUCCACCUCUGGAAGGUCGACAAGUUUGAUUGCAUGGUUUGCAUGGCUGCUUACGUUGGUGUCGUCUUCGGCAGUGUUGAGAUUGGCUUAAUCAUCGCGGUUACAUUAUCUUUGCUAAGGGUUCUACUAUUUGUGGCAAGGCCACGGACAUUUCUCUUAGGCAAUAUUCCCAACUCCAUGGUUUACCGAAGCAUUGAUCAAUACCCAAUUGCUAACAAUGUUCCUGGGGUUCUCAUUCUCCAAAUUGACGCCCCCAUCUACUUUGCCAAUGCAAAUUACUUGAGGGAAAGAGUCUCAAGAUGGAUCUACGAGGAGGAAGACAAAUUAAAAUCUACAGGAGAAGCCAGCUUACAUUAUGUUAUAAUAGAUAUGAGUGCUGUUGGAAGCAUUGAUACCAGUGGGAUCAGCAUGCUUGAAGAGGUUAAGAAGAAUGCCGAUCGAAAGGGUCUCAAGCUCGUGCUGGCCAACCCAAGAAGUGAGGUGAUAAAGAAGCUAGACAACUCCAAAUUCAUCGAAAAGAUUGGUCAAGAAUGGAUUUAUCUGACGGUGGGAGAGGCUGUGACAGCAUGCAACUUCAUGCUACACACACAUAAGCAGAAUCCGGCUGCUAUUGAAUUACAGCCACAGGAUAACAAUAUUGUCUAAGCUGCUAUAAUCAUAUCAACCGAGCAAUUAAUCAAAAUGUUGAUAGUUAAUUAAUUAGUAGAUUAUCCGCCAAUGAAGAAGCAAAAUUUACCUAAUUUGGUUGAGCUAGGCAGAGUGGGAUUAAUUAAGAGAGGGUAAGUAUAUUUUUGGGGUGCUUAAUUAUAAAUUUUGAUGUAUUAUUAAUGUACAUGAAACUGAAAUAUGAAUAUUGUAAUCCUCAUAGAAUUGCUGUGGCAAUUAGCAAUUAUAUAGUGGUUUGAUGGUGAUGGGGGAGGGGAUGGAGCCUUCUCUAUGUAAUGUCUCCAUCCAUCUAUAAUGAAGUUUU